CCAAAAGUAUUUUUUUCCCCAUUUUUUCCAAAUUCACAUUAUUACACCCGCAAAAUUACCUGCAUAGCUUUCAGAUUUUGCAUCCUCUCAUUCCUCAAUCAUCCAAAAAUAUGCAACUCCAGAAAUUCACACUCUCAAAUCACACUCUCUCGCCGCUCUAUUUCUCACAUUCUCCUCACGAACACUCAAUUAUUCCACCAUACUCAAAUUCUGUCUCCAGAGUUAAAUUAAACUCUGGGUUUUGCAAUUUAAACAAAAGGGUAUCCAAAUCACUGAUUCAUACGAAAAAACAUAGUAGUAAUUUAGCUACUGUCACUACUGCAGUGUUGUUAAAUGACGACUCUAAUGAAAAUAAAGAUGAUAGGUUUUAUAUAAGGAGGUGUGUCGAGCUUGCAAGAAAGGCAAUUGGGUGUACAAGUCCGAAUCCUAUGGUGGGUUGUGUCAUUGUUAAAGAUGGGAAGAUUGUUGGUGAAGGGUUUCACCCUAAAGCUGGUCAGCCUCAUGCUGAGGUAUUUGCUCUGAGAGAUGCUGGGGAUUUAGCUGAGAAUGCAACAGCUUAUGUGAGUUUGGAGCCAUGCAAUCACUAUGGGAGAACUCCACCGUGCACUGAAGCCCUCAUCAAAGCCAGAGUUAAGAAGGUGGUGGUGGGAAUGGUCGAUCCGAAUCCAAUAGUGGCUUCAAGAGGCUUAGAUAGAUUGCGAGAUGCAGGAAUUGAUGUAACCGUUGGUGUCGAAGAAGAUUUGUGUAAGAGACUCAAUGAGGCCUUCAUCCAUGUAAUGAUGACUGGAAAGCCCUUUGUUACUCUCAGAUACUCCCUCUCUGUAAACGGCCACCUCUUAAAUGAACUUGGUGAUGGAGUCACAGAACGCGGUGGAUACUACUCAAAAUUGUUACAGGAAUAUGAUGCAGUUAUAGUUCCCACCUCAACAGUUGGCAAAUUAUCGGUUCCUUUAUCACAAGAACCUGGUGCCAAUCAACCCCUUUGUGUCAUAACGGCCACAGCUUCUCAAAUUCAACUCCCUUCCUUGGCUGAAGCAGCUUCGAAAAUGAUAGUAUUUACUGACAAAGAGAUCAAUGUGGAACCUGAAAUAGCUCAGAAAGGAAUUGAAAUUGUAGUUUUGGAUCAGCUAAGUCUCAAUGAAAUUCUGGAACAUUGUAAGCGGCAAGGUUUAUGCAGUGUUUUGCUCGAUCUGAGAGGAAGUUUUGGUGAGCUUGAUGAGCUGCUCAAUGAUGCUGCUGAACAGAAUCUCUUGAAAAAAAUUAUGGUGGAAAUAUUGCCAGUGUGGGAUGAAAGUAGCAGCCAGAGUUCUCUUUUGGCUUUGAAGAGUAUUAGGAAAAGACUAAAAGUGAAGAAUCUAGAGCCGAGAGUUGCAGGUCAGAGCAUUAUACUGGAGGGUUAUCUUUAGUGCAAAUUUUCAGAAUUUGAGCAGCACCUAAUAUCAUUUUUCUACUUUAUCCGGCAUUCUUGUCAUGUAUGAGCUUCAGGAUCAGAAUUUUUCUCUUAAAUAAUGGUACGUUUGACCUUAUUGUUAUACUUAUCUAUUACAAAUU